AUGGUCAUGGACACAAAAUACAUCCUUCUUUCCCUCCCCCUCGAAGCCUUCGAUUCCUCCGACAAGGACGAGGCCUUGGCCAGCCUACAAUCAACACUUCCUAAUAUCGGCACCAUCCUUCCCUAUACAAUCCCAAGCUUCAAGAUCGGCACCCUUGACACGCUAGUGCAGCAAGCCGAUGAUUUAGCAAAAAUAGACUCAGCAUGUGCUGCUUUUGUGUCGAAGCCUACCCCUCGGCUAACUUUAAGGCUUCCAAAAUCAGAGUCGACCGACCACUACAUCACUACUUUCGUCUGGAACAAGGUCCUUUAUCGACCGGAUAAGCCGCUCGCUGAACUCGUCAACAUGCUUCAAAAGUUACUGGCUGGAGCGAACCACCCCGAAAGCCACAAAAGGGUAAAGACUACCCUCGAUGCAAGCUUUUCAUACCUCGGAGGCAACGCCGUACGUAAGGACAAGCGUGGUAAUACCAUUGACGAGGCCGUCUUGGCCUCGGAGAUUGCUGCCGCGGGCCUAGGCUCGGCUACAGGUGAUUACACAGCAUACGUCUACUAUGAACUUGAGGUACCCUAG